GCCGGGCCGGGGCCGGCCUUCCUCCUCCGCCCCCUGCCCCCGCCGCCGGAGCCGCGCCGGAGCCGCGGAGAGAGCGAGCGGUGCGCGCUGCCAUGGAGGCCCGGUACAACCUCAAGAGCCCGGCUGUCAAACGUCUGAUGAAAGAGGCUGCAGAACUGAAGGAUCCUACAGAGCAUUAUCAUGCACAGCCUUUGGAGGAUAAUCUUUUUGAAUGGCACUUCACUGUUAGAGGCCCUCCAGAUUCAGAUUUUGAUGGAGGGAUUUAUCAUGGGCGAAUAGUGCUACCACCUGAAUAUCCCAUGAAACCACCCAGCAUUAUUUUGCUGACGGCAAAUGGCAGGUUUGAAGUGGGGAAGAAAAUUUGUUUAAGCAUCUCAGGGCACCAUCCUGAAACAUGGCAGCCUUCGUGGAGUAUAAGAACAGCUUUACUAGCUAUCAUUGGAUUUAUGCCAACCAAAGGUGAAGGAGCAAUAGGAUCUCUAGAUUACACACCAGAAGAAAGAAGAGCUCUUGCAAAGAAGUCACAAGACUUCUGUUGUGAAAUGUGUGGCACAUCUAUGAAGACAGCCCUCUUACCACUGACAUCUGGAAGCGUGUCAAGCCAGGCAGACAAGGAGGCUAAAGAGCUUGCCAGACAAAUUAGCUUCAAGGCAGAGGUCAAUUCAUCCAGGAGAUCUGAUGCUGAGCCCUCAAAUACAUCUGGACUGAACCACUCUACUGCUUCACGUGAACCCCAGCAGGAUGGUGCAGCUAGAGCAUUCCCAGAUCCAACAAGUGCGACGCCUGAAAGUCAGAGUAGCAGUACAGUGGCUGGCCAGGAGCACACUCCAGCUGUGUCGAGCACCAGCACCUCGCUGAGCCCUCGGCAGCGCCGUGCACAGCAGCAGAGCCAGAGACGGGCCCCAGCUUCCACCGACUUCAACCGGGCACAGCAGCCCAGAGUCAACACCAACCACACGGGCUCAACCGUGCUCAUUGUCCUGCUGACCUUUGCGCUGGCAGCUCUCAUAUUUCGUAGAAUAUGUUUGGCUAACGAGUAUGUGUUUGAGUUAUAAGGCUGUUUGUUCUAACAGCAGUGACUUGAAUGCUUCGCUGAACCUUCUGUAUUGGCUAUGACAUGAGAACUGUUUACAAAGGUUACUUUUUGUAUUUGCGCUUAAAUCCUUAUGAAUGUUAAUGCACCUACACAUACAUUACUUGUAGGAAAAGCAAAGUUGGACAUGUAAGCUAUGAGUUUUAAUUGAGUGCCCACUAGAUACUUGGGGAAACAGUGCAGUGGAAUAGUAACAUUAAGACAUGUGGGAUGGGACUAAAUUUAAAUAAUUUAUGAACUAGUAAAAGACGAUUUUUAAAAAAUGGUUGAUUCAAUUUUUUAUGGGGCAUAAAUACUUCUAUUUAGUUAGUAUAAGAUUUGGCUUUGAAGAGGGGAUUAUAAAAUGAAUCACUGCUAUGUGUUUUGUAUCUGGUGAACUCCUAAUUUAGAGGGAAUACAGUUUUGUAACCACUGUUAUUUGCCAUGACACAUUUCCAGAGGUGAAACACAAAUUGGUUGUGAUGCUGCUUUGUGUAUGUGGAAGGGGGAAGGGACUGUGGGAAGAAAGUAGGUGCCAGAAAACAACUUGCAUUAUUUUGAUUUUUAUUUUUCAGUAUAAAGAUUGGGUAGUCUUUUGAAAGAUUUGAAUGUCCUCUUCUAGUACUUUCAACUGUAUAUCUUGUUUCUAAAAUUUAAAGAUUAUGCAAAACAUGUCUAUUCUUGCAAUAGUUAUAAAUAUGUAAUAUAAUUAUUUACCCAGAGCUGUUGUCUUUUAAUUAUACCAUAAAUAUACAUAAUGUGUUGAACUGAAUGUUUCGUAUGUGGUUUUAUUUACUAAAGAAAAUUUAAACCUUAUUAUACUUAAAUUCUCAUAUAUAUGAACAUACUUAACAGAAGUAUUUAUUACAAUCCUGCUAGUAAUAAAGUUUCAAGCCAUUCUUUGGAUAUGUUUCAAGUA